GGUUCCUGCGGGAGCGGGCCGGCUGCGGGAUGGCGGCGCAGCGCUGGGCGUGCUGGGUAAUGGUAACGGGGGCCCGGGGGGCGGGGACCCUGCGAACAGCCUCCUCCCCGCCGGCGUGCCCCGGGCCGCGCGGGAAGCGGGGCGGGGUCGGGCGCCCCGGGGAAGCGCUACUGGCUCCGCUCCCGGCCCUCCCUCCCUUCCCCCGCCCCGGUCCGGCCCCGCCUCACCUCAGCUCACCUCGCGCUGCCCGGGCCGCGCUUCGCUCCUCAGAGCGGCGCCCGCCCCGCCUCGGCGAUGGGGACCCUCCGGCCGCGCGUGCCUCGGAGCCCCCCGCCUUCUCUGGGCCGUCCCUGCGGCAGCACCUGGGGACGGGGCCCGGCCUCGCUGCGACCGGGCUGCCGCCAAGCCAGGAGGGGCCGAGGAGCCUUCGGCUCCAGGUCGCCCCUCGGCCCUUCUUGACCUGGCUGUUAGGAGCCGCGGGUUCCUCGGCCUCUCGUGGCCCGGCCGCUCGGCCCGCUCCCGCGGACGCCGCGUGGUGCUGGCACCAUCCGCUGCCCGGCGCACCUGUUCUGCUGCUGCAUGCAGGUCCUUGCUGUUGGACGCCUGCUGCUCCUGUCGCAGAGCAUAAAAGACAUCACAGAUCUGAUCUCUGUAUGUCCCGAGCUUGUAAAAAUAGUUUUCAGUUUCCUCUUCCACUUAGAGCAAUAAUUCCCAUGGUGCCCGUGUGUCCCAGCUGCCCCAGCUCCCCUUUGUCUCCCGGCUCUGAUGGCAAUGGGAGACCAUAUGGUUCUGUGUCAUCCUUAUGGUAUCUUGUGUGCUCUCCGUGAUUAUCCCAGAGUGCUGACAGCGGUUGUAGUCUUGGGGUUGAACUCUUCUUGUUACUAAUCUGGACUGAGGCUGAUGCAUAAUGAUAAUGAAACUUUCGUAAAAGAAUGUGUUCUUGGUGUUCAGAUUUCCAGCUGUUAUUCAGAAGUAUGUUUGCAGUCACCAUUAGAUGCACUGUGGUAGCUGUUUGGUGGUUGUAGGUGUAUGUGUGUGUUUUCCAUUGAUAUUGCCAUUACUGCUAAACUAAUAACAGGCAGAUCAUUUAGAGAUCAAAACUUCUAGUGUAGUCCAUAUUUUGUAUUACGUACUAACUUGUACAGCCCUUAAGGACAUGUCUUUUCCAUGUAUUUCUGCCUUACGUUUAAUUAGAACACUUUUCCCCCUCUUAGCUGUUGCAAGGACUGGAAGAACAGUGGUUGAAGAAAAAGUGCUCUAGAGGAGAAAAACUCAAUUCUUUUAAGGAAAAGUGUAUGUAGUAAAGUGUUAGUGUUAGUCAGGUGAAGUUUUCACUCAGUUGAAGCCAUUCAUGAAGCUCCCAUGCUGUAGAAGGCAUUAGUUAGCAGUUUCCUUCAGCACGUGGCUUCUAGGAAAUCACUCAGAAUGGGAACAACUUUGGGUGCGGAUUUUCUGCUUAUUUCAUAAGAACGUGGUAUGUCCUAAAGUUACAGUAAUGACUUUUUGUGAAGGAUUAUUUCACAGUGUGGCCAUGUGUGUCAAUAAGGAGCAGCAGUUAUGACCUGAAACUGAAGUUCUGAUAUAUCUAUUUGUUAUGUUGUCCAGUAAUGGUACUUCCUGCAGUUCUCAGUUGUACCACUGUAAACUAAAAUGAGUUUUCUUUGCGUUGCAUACUACGAAUGUCUAAUUAAGUAUUAAGUAGCUUAUUUAUUGAGCUAUUGAGUGAUGAAGUUCAAUCAUAUGUUUUGUCUCUGGAAAAUGAGAACUAGUGAAUGGGAUUUUUGAACUCAGUAUUACACAUUUAGUAUGCAAAAAUAACUAGAUCUCUGUUUCGCAAAGUUUAGGAGGAUAUCCCAUGGCCUUCUGUUCUAUUGCUGAACAGUGCUUGGCUGCUUUGACGUUUUUUGGUGCUUCGAAUGUGGUGUGAUGUUGGAUCCCCUCUGCUAUCUGCCACAUACAGAAUGGAGACUUUCCUCUCCCUGUACUUCCGGGAGACUGGAGGAAGUGUUGGGUUCUGGUUCUUACAGAUCAUUCUGGGUACUGGAGGUAGAUUGGCAUCUUGUCAGUGACAGUUGCCUGGUGGCUGCACAGUGAUAAGACUUUCACUUUGCUCUUCUGCCACUGUGUCGGGUAAGUGAAACAGGGAGCAGUUGCUUCGUGUUUCAGAAUGUACUCAGGGAGUUGGAAUAGAAGUCGUGGCAGUCUGUCCCAUGUCCAGUUGUUUAUUAUCAUUUUUUUUAAAGGUAGUCUUUCACAUUUGAAGAGCUCUCUUUCAAGUCUUUGCAGCUGAUCUGGCAGUGGUUGCUUUCUUAGGGCUUUCCCCAAAAUGGAAGGCUUUGCAUUUUGCAGGAACUGUUGUUACAGGUCUCUUCAGUCGUAAAGAACCAGAUUUGCAUGAGGGAGCUUGCUUUGCAGGUAUUUAGUAUUUGCCUACAUCCAUAGCUUUAUGUUGUACUGCCAUCAAUUCUAGAAAUGCAGCACUGAAAGACCUAUUGUUCCCUUCCUUUUGGGCUGGUUUAAAUAUACUUGGAUUAUUCCAGGCAGAUAUUUGUAGAAGUUGUCCUUAAAAUCUUGGAACGAGAAAAAAAUCUUCCACCUCCGUAGGCGGGAGAGAAGGUACAGAAAGGGGAAACUUUCUCACUUCUGGCGUGAGAAAGUUCUUGGUUUCCAAAUGAAGCUUACUUUGCUGGAAGUCGGGCUGCUUUUAAUAAAAACGUGCUUCUGAUAAACGUUACACUGAAGUCUGAUAUUGUUCUGGCUGUAACAACACCGUAAACACGGCUUGUGCUUCAAAAACUGCCUUUGGUGUGGAAAAACGUUUCCAAGCGUUUGUUUUAGUUUUGUGAAAACCUGUUGAAAUACUAUUAGGAAAUGCAGAGGUAAGCAUUAAAUAGCACUUUCUUAGUGGACGUUGUUCUUUAAACAAAACGCUUUUUAAAAGGUUAUGUGCAUUUUCAUAAUCAAAGCAAAAUACUCUGUUUUGGUUUUGUGGCAUAGUAGGCUGAUAACUUGUACAGUUUGUGUCUCAGUCCUGUGUAUUACUUACAGGCUUGUCUUUAAUUACCUCUGCUUAUCCAGACAGUUAUCAUAGAGGAGUUUUUUUAUAUCUUCAGACCAAAAGCUUAAAUCACAGCAACUGUUCUUGAAAGUUACUUUAAGCUUUCAGUGCUUGUAAUGAAUUCAGUUAAAUGUGGUAACGCCAAUAGAUCAGCUGUUCCAAUCCUCGGCCCUGUGGCAGUACAGCGGGACCGUUCUCUAUGAUGACCAAGUUCCUCUCUGCUUGCUUGUUUCAGCAGCUCAUGGGCCCUUGGUUAAAGUUUUACUUGAUAUUCUAUUUAAAUAUUUUUGCUUUGCAUUAAGCUGAUAGCUUUCUAUCUUGUUGCUUCUGAAAACAGCUGACUCCCCUUGUAACAAUGUUUUCUCUGUUCCAUUAGCUGCUCUCCCUUUCUGUUUCUGUGUAUCAAACUUCAUCAAAAGACAAAGAAUAUGAAUGUUGGCAAGAUAGAAAAUUUAAUUGUCCAAGUUUUUAAAGGUGUUUUUACUAGUUCAGUUAACAGUAUUUAAACACAAAUAUUUGCUUUGAUUAAUUGGGUGCAUAUGUUCCAGACAAAGUGCUGUAAGAAGGAUCAGAGCAAAAGCUUCCCCUUCAGAGAAUACUGACUGGCAGCAGGGCAAUGGGAUUUUGUCUUUUCCAGCUCUGUCCUGAGACAUACCUGAUUCUGUCCUUAAAGUGCAGUGAUUUGAGCUUGAUUUAUAACACUUAGUUAGAAAAUGUAAAAGUCCAGAAGCAACUGUGUGUUCUUGACAGUUUUCAUGUUGAUGCAUGAAUGGUAAUAUCCUGCUUUUUGGUUUUGCCUUUCUUUUUUCUAUUAUUAUUGGUUCACGUACAUACUUAUAUAUCUGUUCUGAAUUUUUCAGAGCUAGAGAUUUGUUGGGGUGAAUGUGCCAUUGUAGUAUCUCUGUUACAGGCAAGAAAAGCAGGAAUACGGCCCAAAUUCAGAACUGGAAGAGCUGUGCAGCCAGGUUACUUUGUCACUAAUACUUUAAAGGGGGAAGAGAGCGCUGGAGGGCUCCCCUGUGUGUUUGUGUAUGAAGGUUUUCCAGCACAGUGACAAAGCACAGUAGUGCUGAAGUUAGAAGUUUUAUCUCCACAGAUAAAGAAUCCAGAAACACCAAAAAUAGAUACUGUCAGAGAAGGUUUGCCAUGCUGGUUUCCACUUGUUAAUUAAAUGCUCUCAGGAUGUUUCAAAUUGAAGGACUGCAUUGCGUGGAAUUUAACAGGUGUAUUUUGUGAGUUUAAUCCCAUUCAGUCUUUCAGUUUGUGACUCGGAUGAUAGAACAGAGAUUUACUAAUUGCUAUGGCAGAGCUCAGGGUGGGGGGAAUACAGGCACUGCAGUGUGAAAUGAUCUCAACAAAUUGGACAGAUGAUCUGAAGGAAAUACAUGGGAUGCAUUUCAGUAAGGGGAAAUGUAAAAUAAUAUGUUUGGGUAGCAACAAUAAACUUGAAAUGAGAAACAACUGGCAGGGCAACAGAUCUGCAAAUAAGUAGCUGUAUCACAAAAUGAACACAAAUGAGUCAUGCUAGCUUUAAAAAAAGACACCAGGAGUCACUCUGGGAUAUAGGAGCUGGAUUGUUGUUGUGUGUAAGGUACACAUUUCUUCUGCAGCACUCGGCGUUAGGCCUCAGCUGAUGCACUGUCUCUGCUUUUUGUUACCAUGCUUCAAACAGAUCUGGACCAAUCGAAGAGUAUUUUAGGAAGGUUGCGGUAAUGGCCUCUGAGGAAGGACCAGAAGGACUGAAAUUGUUUAGACUAUAGCAGAGAUGGGGAGGCAUAAUAACAGGCUUUAAGUAUGGGAAGGAUUGCUGCAGAGAGGAAUGUAAUAAACUGUUCUCUCCAGGUAGGAUAGGAAAUAGUGCUCCUAAAUAGUACAAAACAAGGUUUUGAUGCUAGAAAAAGCUUUCCAGCUCUGUGGAUAGAUAAAAAGAGGGUUGAAUGUCUGAGGGAGGUAAUGGAAUAUCUGUUGCUGAAAAUGCUCUAGAAAAGAUUAAAUAGCCUUCAUUUAGAGGUGGUUUGGGUGUAGUUGACCCGUCCUUGGCGCAGGGGGCGGGGAGAUUUGUCAGCAUAAGAUCUCCACAUUUUUAUGAUUUUUAUAACGUUGCUGGCCAUGAGUAAACCAAACAAUUGAAAAAGCAAAACUGAACCAAAUGGAAAAUGUGGACCACGUGGUAGAGAGAAAUCUGAUGUGGCAGUCUGUAAGAUUUAGUUUGAAAAGAUGCAUCAGAUACGUUCAUUAAAGUGUUGCUUCAUAAAGCAUUUAUUUAAGACCUGUGUAAUGUAAUACUGAAAAUCACUUGAAUAGGUAUCCUUUUUUUUUUAUCUUUGACUUCCUUUUGUGUGGUGGUUUAUUGUUUGUGUUUGCUUUUUAUUUGUGAACCAUCAGAAAUAAACUGAGCUGGAGUCAAAGUCUUUCAGAAAACGUCACUGACAAAAAGCAAAAUUAAAAAGAUUAAUCCUAGGAAGCAAGGGAAUCGGAUACAUUGUAGGCUUUAAAACAGCAGAUCCUGCAGCUUCUGCUUCUCACUGUGAAACAGAGAUAACAGCUGUUAUCUGAGAGAUGGAUAUUGAGUGAUAAUCAGCACAGACAAAGAUCUUCAGGUUCUUGAAGAGUUUAUUAUGUAAGUAGUGUUCUUCAGAAUUGGUUUGUGUUCCUUAAACUAGGACUAGAUUUUAGUCUUUCAUCCCCAUUGCUGUGUAAUGGUAAUAACAUUGAAGAGGCUGAAUGGAAAUACAUGCUUUCUACUACAUGGUCUGUUUCUAAACAAAAUCUCUCCUUUGAGGAUUUUUUAGGUAAUUUGAAAACCUUUGAUUAAACGAAGGAACUGCCUUUGAAACAGAAGUGUUGUUGGAGCUUUUAGGAUUAGAAGUACCAGGCAGUUUGACAGAACUAUGUUUUGAACCAAAUCCAUUUUAAUAAUUCUGAAAUUUUUCUGUUCAAAACCACCUAAGUACUUCUUCUGUGACCUUGUUCAACCUACUCUAAUUUUUAAAAUUUGACAAAGCUGUCUUGGGCUUAAUGAAUAAUGAAGGCCAAUCUCUGCAUUGCGUAGGUCUGUGCUCUGCAAUUAGAAAAAGGGUUCAGUGAAUUCUUCGACGCUUUUGGCAUUUAAAGAGAGUUGAGGACUGAGAUGAAAUAAUCUUUUCGGUCCAGUUCUUCCUAAUUGUAAUUAGGCUUCUGUUGCGUUUUUCCAUCUGACCAGUGGUAUGAAUUAAACUUUAUAUACACUUCAGCUCUACAGGAUAUCAUCAUUCUGCUUGUUCUGGUUGAUGAGAAAUUGCUCACUGGAUCACUGAGGAACAAGGUGUUGGUCAUGGAUGUGGCACUGGUUUUGGGUGCUGAUGCACUAUUUGGACAAGGUGAAAGUUAAUUCUGAGGGUUUCUUAUAAUUUAGUUAAAUAAAUACGUCUUCAAAGCUGUUACUGCUUUUCUAAAAAUGGGUAAAGGAAGAAAGAAAGCACUGUCUGCUAUAUUAGAAUGAUAUAGUGUGAGAAUUUAUUGCUUUCCUCAAAUAUUUUAAGUCUUCCACGGAUUUUUUCUUAUAUGUAGAUACAGAACAGAGGCUUUCUUGUAGAGUAUUAUAAGGGGGUCAUGGUGUCUCAGAGUAAGGGCACAGAGGCUUAAGGCUUGGGCAGAGACAAAUGCACCUAUUCCUUAAGCUCCACCUGAUGAGCGAGCUCUUACUGAGGAGGAAUUGUCAGGACUGCCUGACAGCUGAACGGCUGGGGGGGAGAAAGCUGUUCUUAGUGGGGGUUUGGAGAAGUAUUUCUUGUAGAGUGGUCUGGGGGACCAUGUAGGCUGUGACUGACUAAAGGAUUUGUAGUGGGAAGCCAUUAACAUUAUGACAGAUCGUUGCUGUUUUAUCUCUGCUUGGUGGUUUUUGCUUUGUUUAUUUUUUUCCAAUUUCCAAGUGUAGAAAAUGUCUUUGGCAACUUCUGAAAUUGUGUUUUGCAAAUCAUUCUAAAGUUAGAAUGUAUUGGUACAUGUUUUCUCUUCCGCCUACUGCCUUCUUGUUAUUUACUUGCACUUUCUCUGUGUAUGUGUCUCUGAAAGUCAGAGUGUAACGAGCAGCAAGUCUUACUUGUUAUUUAUACAUGAUUAGGUUGCUUUUGAUAGUAACUACUCUAUCUAAAUUGCCCCUUGAAGAGAUCUAACAAGGUGUCUGUGUUCUGCUAAGCUGCCAGCGCUGUUCCCUGAGUGAUUCCUCAAAAGCAAAGUCUUUCCAGCCUGCAACUGUCUGCAACUUGUCUGCAAAUGUUUUGUCCUUUAAAAAAAGGUAGUCAAAGUAGAAAGCUGCUGCAGCUCACAUAUAUAUAUAUAUAUAUAUAUAUAUACAUAUAUAUAUAUAUAUUUAAACUUCUGAUUUUAGCAAAUUCAUGGUCUUCAUUAUAUCAGUUCUGCUAUGUCCCAUGCAUUGCAAAAAAUGCCAAAAGGCUGAAAAAUUAUUAUUCAAAGUAUCAGUGUGGAGUCUGCAGUCAUGUGAUUACUUUUCCUAUAUGCUUGCAUAGUUUUAAGUCCAUCUGGGAGAAAAUGGGUUUCUGACAGAACAGAGUGUAGUUAUCUCAUUUCUCUUCACUGAGAUCAGCUGUAAAUUUCUCUGGAUCAUGUAAUUGGGAAUCCGCUGAUCCUUUGUUAAGAGGAUUCCUAAGGUACUUUAGAUAGAAAGGGUUCCUCUCAUAGCUGCUGCCAUCUCACAGUGGAAAGGACAAUGAGAAAUACUGACUUUUUGCAUCAUGUCUGAGUUGAUAUCAAGUUUUCCUCCACGCCACAGUGAGGUUUUUUUUCCUGCUUCAUGUUUCAUUUCAAGACAUUUUUGUUGCUGUUUCUUAUAAUGGUGAGGUUAUUGAGCUGUAGUGUGAUUGGUCUUCGUGUUGAAACAAAGAGAAUCUUGCAAAUCCUCAAAAUCCUCUGUAUUUAUUCUCUUAAGUGGAUUGCUGUAUGGAGAAGCUUGUUUUGCUGUCAGGACAUUCCAAAUUCUCCAGGUGUGUAAAGGAAUUAGUUUCCUGCUUUUAAGAUCUAGACUUUUCUUUUCCUUUUCUUUCCAUUUUUAUUUCCCUGCUCCCUCCACCAGAAACCACCCAACCCACCUGCAGCGUAGGUUAUGUAUUUCUUGGUAAUAUUUGUGAUUUUCAGUUAUAUCACUUAUAAACUGAAAAUAUCUCUGGUUAAUUACAACCCAGAAGUGAUUUUAUUGAAGCUUCCUAUAUUAUAUGAGAGGUUAUUAUUAUUAGCAUAUUAUUAUUAGCAUUAUUUUCCUGCUGUCAGAAUUCUGAAUGUAGAGAAGGAAUGUUUAACCUGAGAAAUUCUCAUAAAAAGAGUCAGGGGAUUCUCUUUGAGAAUCAGUAAAGCUCUGGGAAGGCUUACUCUGUAAUAUUCUUGAUACCCUUUUCAGGCUUGAUUCAUGUGUCACUAUGACUUUCUUAUACGAUGUGUACCAAGUGAUCAUGUGGACAUUUCUUCUUGUCCUGUCUGUUCUCUCAGCAGGCCUGAUUUGCAGAAGUAGUAUGAGCUGAAAGUUAAGGUUUCUACAUAUCCUCCCUCGAAUGGCUCCUUUACUGCAUACAGGCUGUCCCUGCAGCUUGCCUGGUGGAUUAGCUGGUGCUACUGCUUUGAAAUAGCAUUUGUUUUUCUUACACUUCUACUAUUGUACUACUUCUGUGUGAAGUCUGGUGACUGUUUCGACUCUCACUGACUAUUUUCCAUAAUGAGAAGAUGUUGAAAAGAGCCCAAGGGCUACAAUCAGUUACAAAUAAGAAUGCAGAAAGUCUUAUUUCUUUUUCUCUUUUGCCUUCAUUGUAUACCUCAGGUUCUGUCAGUGAAGACAUGCAUCAACUCAAUUUUAGUUAAGUUUUCAAAAUAAUUUUAACAGUUUUAUAUUCAAACCAACUGUAAAGAAGAAUGAGAAUAAAGUGAAGUAAAGCAGAUUUUGUGAGCCCUGCUUGGCAGAGGCAAAUGUGGAGAACACUUCCCCCCAAGGAGUUCUCAACUGCAGUAUAAUGUAGGUUAUAGCUGGUCAAUGCAGAUAGAAACCAUAAGGUUAUUGAGUUGCUUUCUGUGCAUCAUUUAUCAAAUAUUUGUAUCCUCAUCGUGAAAACUUAGAGUUCUGAGUUAAAUGAAGUAACUAUGCUCUUAAUACUUGUAAAGAGCUAAGGAUAAGGGGCAGCCUGUGAGUUGGGCUUCAUGUUACAGCUAACCUGAUCCAGUGGCUAUCUGUCACCAACAUACAUAGGUCUGGCCUCUGCUUUCUGGUAGCACCUGUGCUUGUCUGACCAUUACUGUAAGCCUGUUCAGGGAGCUAAACCAGCAGAAAAAUAACGGCUCUUUUGUAGGAUUUGUAUUUUCUAAAUCAGCUCAUUGUGAGAUCAAAUUGAAUACUAAGGCAAAUGCAUAGGAAAAAUCAGGAUGGUGUGCCAGGGUCAUGGGGAGUGGGAUUGCCUCUGUUUGUAGAUUAAAUCACUUAACUGUAAAAUGAAACCUCACCUGGGAAGUCGUAUUGAAAAAUUAAACAGAGAAUGACUGAAGGCUCACCAGAGUGUGUGUCAGCUCUUUUGGUAAGGAGUGAGAUGAUAGGUGGAUGCAGCUUUAUGUGCUGUAUUAGAAAGAUAGUGGGGAAGUGGAGACUAGGAUACAGCAGUGAACUAGGAAAAUGCUCUUUGGAAUAGUAUCUAAGUAGAUACAGGUGGAGCAGGGGUAGAAAAAAGAGAGUUGCAUUAAUUAGGGUACAGAAUGAUCCUCAUGGAAGUUACCUGCUGGGCACAACAGUGGAAGUCUGUUUAGAUGAAGACAUACUCUGAUAGGAGCUCAGCUGCUAAAAAAAAAAAAGUGUUUGCAUUGAAUCAUAGCAUCCACUGUUGAUGAAAAUGCUGCCUUCAGUGUAGUCUCCUGGACUGGCCAAACAUUUUAAAUUAUUCUGCUAACUCGCACAUAUAUUUACGGCUUUACUUCUUCAGUUUAAAUACGUAGAUGUCAUAGAGUUGCUCUUUCUCUCAACUAAGAGUGAAUAGAAGUGUUUCUAGCGUUUCCGCAAUUAAGCAAGGGCAAUCCAAACAGUCUGCAUAUAGCAUUCCUAGGAGGAAGCAGCACCCACCUCACCUGGCAGAUCCAGGGGGAUUUGUCAGUCAGGGGACUUGAAAUUUAUCAAGUCCAAACAUUUUACAAACCUGCUGGGCAAAGUUUGAUAGUGUUUGUGUUAACAGAGCAUUAAUUUCAUUGCAAAUAGUGAUUUGCAAUUUUAAUGUCAAGGUUGAAUCUAAGGCUUGUUGAACUGAUUUCAUCUGCUCUCCCUGUAGUUCCCAUAGACAUAAUUGUAAAAAGGAGGAUUUAACCCGUGCUUUGUUGAGAGAAUGCAUGUAUUCCUUUGGACAGUGCAUUAAAUGUUUUCACUGAUGGUAUUAAAGGUUUGCUGUACAAAAUCUGCAGGUGUUUGAAAUGUUAACAUACGGUUAGAAUUGUAGAAUCAAAUACUUCUGGAGUAGUGGUACGUUGAUAACGUUAUUUCAGUGAUGACAGGAAAAAUACCUGAUAAUAAUCUAGAGCUGAUAUAAGUCUGAUGACUUGAUUUCAUCACUGUCUGGAGGCAGAGUUAGAGAAGGAUCUCACAAAACUGAGUGAAUGGGAGAUAAAAUAGAAGCAGAAUCUCAUUUUCAGAAAUGUGAGGUAAUGCAUAAGAAUGAAAAAAAGACCUCCCUGACUUUAAGGCAGCUAUUACUGCUCAGGAGAGUGUUCUGAUAGAUGCUUUUGUAAAAACAUAAUUCAGUUUUCACAAGCUGUCAAAAAAAGUAAAUAGUGUUGACUAUUAUUAGGGAGGGUUCAUAACGUAAAACAUAACUGGUUUGUGGUUAAAAAAAAAAAAAUCCAUGGCAUAUAGUAUAGCCCAUUCUUUGGAUGUUUUAUUCAGCACUGAUCCAUCUGCAAGGCCUAGCAUGGAAAAGUGCAGCAAGAAUGAUCAGGGGUUUGGGACAGCUUCUCUGUGCAGAACAGCAGGGCGGUAAGCCAAAUAAAAUAUCCAUUAAUUCUGCGACCAUACUGCAGGUAAAUCCUCAGAUCUGCUAUGCCCCGUAUGAUCGUUAUAUUUCAGUACCUCUUGUGUUUCUAGAUACAGUAAAACUAGUUAUUAAAGAUCUGGGAUUUUCACAUAUUUUCUUCUCAUGUAAUCAGGAAGAGAAUGUAAUUAAUUGCUUAUUGCCGUAGGAGAGAAUAUGUCACUGAGUUAUGAGCACUUUGUGUAUUCAAGGUAUAGCAAAAGCUGCUCUUAGGAGCUAUAUUCUUCCUGUGUUUCUGUUUCCUCUUUUAUGGCUGCAGCAUUGUGCUGUAGGUAAUACAGUUAUUCAUAGAGAAGUGCUUUCAUAUUAGACAAUAAUUGUAGAUGUUCUGUAAGAGCUGGCAGUCGGGGUUUUGGUAAUAUUUUAAAUCAUAAAGCUAAGCAGUUUUAUGGAUGGCAUGUAAAUUAAAUUUGUCAGGUUAAUCCUUGCUUAAUACUUGAUGUCAGCUCUUCAGAGGCACUAAGAAAGGAAUAAGCAUAGCACUUGGUUUGACAUAGCUCUCCUAAAUUUCUUACAGUAGUUUGAAAAACACUAUGCUUUAGAAAGGAUCAGAAAGGCUUUUCUGGGACAUCUCUGGCAAAUAAUAAACUGUAAGCAGUUUAUUAUUAAAAGAGAGCAACAUGGUCUUCUGCUUGGUAUCUUUUUUGUGUAAAUGCAAAUGUGAAUAUGUAUGUCAAAUUGAAUGAAAGUGACUUCUGGCUUUGCUGUUGAUUAUUUUCAAAUUCAUAUUGUAAAGAUUCUGAGCUGCAUCUGUGGCAGAUUCAGAGAGCUGCUGAUCACAUUGUUUUCAGUCUUGUAAGAAAUGAGCAUUUUAACUAAUUGAAUCUGUGUAACUGAAUGAUUCACUGGGAGAACAAUAAGAGAAUUUCCUCUUUACUACAUACUUGCACAAGUUAAUCGAAGUUGAAAAUAAAUAAUUUUCCUGUUUAGUCUAAGACUUCUGCAGUUGCUUAAGAUGGGGUUUUCAGUGCACGGUGUCAAGGUGCAGUGUGUGAGACUGUCAAGUGUGGGUAGCGCGGGUCAAAGGCCGUGCAUGAGAGCAAGAACUUAACUGCAAGCGCACAUUGUGCGUUGGUGUGAUGGAUUAGCCAUUUAGGAAGGUAUCUGAACUCUGACAAUCCGUUUGCAUUUGCUUAGGAUAGUUGUGGAAACUGUGUAAUUCACACUCUUUGACCCAGCUGCUGGCAGCUCCUUCCUGUUGCCUGAGUCUGGUAAAAUAUGCUGAAGGUUGACUGUAGGUCUUCCCCUUUGUUCUUGUGCUUUGAGAAACUCUCUAGUGGCUGCAUCUGGAACUUGAAUUACCUUUUUAUAUUUCUUCAGGCCUUUUACCUGCUGUUACGUGGUAAUUGUGAGGAACAGUAGGAUGAACAUCAUCUUUCUUUCUUGCAAACUCCUAUUAUUAAGAAUUGCAGAGAGUGUAUUCAGACAUACUUCUAUAUAAGGUUAAAUUCUGGAAUUGCUACUACUCUGGUCAUGGGUUUUGUCACCUUGAGACAAAGGCUGCAAGCCAAACCUGUCGGACAUGAGGUUCAGGAAAAUACAAUGAGAAAAGCCAAGGUGUCAUUAAAACCUUGAGGUCUUGCGUUCUAUUAGAGGAGAUAAAACCAAAAGCAUGUAAUAAAAUUACUGGUACUCAGUGUAUCCAUUUGAAACAUCUGUGCCGUUGUAGCAUAGGUAUACUUUGUCUGUGCAGAAGCUUUCCAUCCUUGAUAAUACUAUGAAUCUUUUCUUCUUUAUUCCUGGAAAAAUGUAUACAGACGAAGUCAAAAAGUGAAGCUGAUGGUAAAACUGAGUAAAACAGAAAAGUGUCAUCCCUGUACGUUAAAAUGGGAAUUGUCACGAGAGUGCCUGUAUUGGAUAUCUAAUCUUUCAUCAUUACUUCUUUCUUUUUGCCAGAUGAUGAAUCUCAAUAUCCAUUUAAAAAAAAGAAACAUUAUUCUCUUUUACAAACACAUCCGUGCAUUAGCUUGAAUGCUAACAAAUUAUGGGAGCUCAAGGAAAGGCAGGGAAAAUGUACGGAGGAGAAAUGCACUGAAGUUUGUUACACAGACAGAAAUGAUGUGACUUGGGAGGACUCUGAACUGAAAGUAGUUGGAAGUGGGAAAGGCGGUGUGUAUUCAGUUCUUCCCUAGGCCUCUGCUUACACCUGUUGUUGGAGACACGGUACUGACUGCAGACCUUUGAUCUAUCUCAGUGUGAGCUCAGAAAGAUGUUUGAAAUUAAAAAAAAAUUUAAAAGAAUAGACUUUCUUCUAAAGAAGUGAAGUUUUCAAAGUGGAUAGUUGAUUAACAUAAAAGGGAACUGGAUAGCUAUGUGCACAGAUAACAGAUGUGUUCAUGUGCUUAAACAGUAACAGGCAAGUCUUUUUUGCUCUGUAAAUGUAGUGCAGUUUCUCAGUAUGUGGAACGUGUAUUUAGAAAGUGCAUGAUAAAGUAUUUAAAGUAUUUAUAAAGUGGGAAGGAAUAAUACAGCUGGGAGGAAUUUGGCACUUUGUAGGCAGUCUUUCAUUUUAUGCUUCAGCAAUGAGCAGAAUUUUGAAAGUAAACUCCUCUUUGCAGGUACAGGAAAUAAUAAACUGGGUAUUGCAAAGCAAAACAACUCUGGAGAACAAUAAUAAUUAAAGCAGAAUAUCUGGGUAUUCCUGGGAUCACAGAGUUGAGAAAAGGAAAUGGGAAGAACACUGAAGGAAUAAACUGUAUUUCAGAAACGUGUUGGCAGUUUGAUGGUAGGUUUAGAAAAACAGUAUAAAAUCUUAGAAAGGCUUAGAAAUGCAUUUUUAAUCUAUAAAAUGUAUCUAUUUUGCAAGUUAAUAAGCUGCACGGAAAAAAAAACAGCUGAUAAAUGGUCUUAUUGUGCAAAAACUUCUACUCUUUUGACUGAGCCUUUCAUGGUAGCUGAUUUUAUACUGAGAUUGAAACAGAACAAGAAGGCUGAGAUGUUAAAUGCGAAUGCAUUCCAGACAAACUUUUUAUGUGUUUCCAGUUAAUACUAUGAGCAGAGGCAGGGCAGAACACAGAAAAUUCAGGAAAUUAAACAGUGUGCUGUUCAUCAGCUGAAUGUACUGGUCUACCAAGACUUUGAGUAGAGCAAGAGAAAGCAAGAUUGCAGUCAACCUAAACAAAAUUACACAACUAAUAGUUCUAUUGAAGUUACGUAUGUUAGAAUAAAAAUGGAAAAUAGACUUCUGUUGUGCUAUUAAAUCAAGGAAAUUCUGACUAGCUAUGAUAUCUGGAAGCAGUUGGAUAUAGACAGAAGCAGCUACACAAAGUAAUAUACUAGCUGCUAUACUAUAGUAUACUAUACUACUAUACUAGUAAUAUGUUUUUUAUUUAUAUAUAUAUGUGUGUGUGUGUGUGUGUUCCUAAAAUCAAGACCAAUUCAGAAUUGGGAAGAAAAGAUAUGUAAUAAUGUUCGUAUUGAAAGGUUUUUCAGUGACCAGAUGUGGAGCAACAAUAAAACGAGAAGUGAUUGAUCACUGUAAGAGCUUUAAAAAUGCAGUUACUGAUGCGCUUAAAAUACCUUCAAAUACCUUUUAGUGGAAAUUUCAGGAAUCCACGUAGACCAAAAUAUGCACAGUGGUCUCAUUCAAGAAGCUUAUGUUCAGACCUGAGCAAGGAUGAUAAUGUCAAACUAUAGAUGGCUAUGAAACCUAUCUGCUUAAUAAGCUAAUUGUCGGUUGCAAAACAGGAUUUGAAAAGAAUUUAAGAGUAAGAUGUUAUUUGUAAGUGCUGGUAUCUGUUGUUCUGUCAGGAUGUUCGAGCACUGGGAGAAAAUGUCCUUUCACUUUGUGGCGCUCUUGGGACUACUGAAGUGAGCCAGACUUGUUCUCAGGGUAACUGAUACAUUCAGCUCAUGAAGAACAUUACUUUGAAAGACUAUUUGCAAAGGCAAAGCUGUCGUAUUUAGUUAAGUGCAGCCAGCAGUUGUUAUUUGUAUUAGAUCAAACAACAAGGGGCAAUGAAAGUAAAUUCUGUUCUAUAUGGAAGGCUAGAGCAAAAAGAUUUUUUGCCACAAAUGACUAUUUUGAGAACUGCAGCAGUGGUAAGGUUCUGGCACAAAGAUGUAUCAGUGAAGUGUUUGAGCAGAUGCACUGUCUCAGACUGUUUCUGCAGAAAACAGACAUUUCUCUGCUUGCUGUGGGCCAUAGUCUUGACUUGAUAUAUUUGUCUGCACUCCACAAGUAGCUUAAUCAUAGGGUAGAAUCAUGGAAUCACUGAAUGGUUUGGGUUGGAAGGGACCUCAAAGACCCUGCAGUUUCAACCCCCUGCCACGGUCAGGGACACUGCAGCAGCUCAGGCUGCCCAGAGCCUCAUCCAACCUAGCUUUGAGCACCUCUAAGGUUGUGGUACCCACAGCUUCUAUGGACGGUAUGUGCAUGUGCCUCAGCACCCUCAUAGUGAAGAAUUUCUUCUUACAUCUAAUCUAAGUCUUUGUUCUUUUAGUUUAAAGCCAUAACCUUCAGUCUUUACUACACGGCCCCAUAAAAAGUCACUCUAGCUUUCUUGAAGGGCCUUUAGGUUGCAUGCCUCGUGCUCCCAUUUUCCAAAUUUUCUGGUUUGGUAUUUGCCUUAGUAUUUGUUGCAGUGGUACUUGCAAUCACAACGCAUGGAGAAACCUGGUUGUGAGUAUGUAUUACUUCUCUGUCAUGUACUUCUGUCUUUGUCAUUAUGGUAGCUUUCUGAGGCUUAUAUUAGCUGAUGCUGUAAUAGUCUGUAUUAAAAAGAAAAAAAAGAAUAUUUACUGAUGUAUUUCAAAUACAUGCCUCUGACUGAAGAUUGUUAGGGCUAAAAAUACACAGUUUUGUGCAGUACAAGCAUUACAGUGUACUUCGUAAGGUAGCAUGCUUGCAAUUAUUUUGAAAGUAAAUCAGAGUGGCUAUUUCUGGUGUAGUAUUCUAUACAUAAGAGCAGUUGUGCUACAACUUGCCUUGGGGCUUUUAAGGAAGUCAGACAGCACUGUUUUCCUUCAACUUCCUUUUCGUAAAUAAACUAUUAGGACUAUUAUUAACUUCUUGAUGACUUCCGACAAUAGCAGCCUAUGUUUUGGGAAAUACUAUCUUGUUAUGAUUAAUAUUUUUUGUGCAUUAUAGAAAUAACUUAAUUAGGAAAUAAAACACGUUUUUCUUGUUUGCUUUAUUGGUAUCUAAGUAUGUAGUUAAGAAACUAAGUACUAUCGGAGUCUAUUUUACUAGAACAAUAUCUUGGUAAAUGGUUACUAUAACCAAAUUACUGAUUUUUUUUUAAUGAGCUGCUUUCCAAAAACUUAUUUAAUUUAUUGUAUCUGAGAUACUAAUCACAUAGGUGGUUUUCUUUGGGUAACAGCAAAUUUAUUUAGCAGCUGAAAGGUUUCACAAGAAAAGCAGUGAGAGUUUCAUUGGGAUGAUACCGUGGAAUAGGCAGAUGGAGUGGGAAGGAUAUUCAGUGACAACCAAGAAAUGGGGUUAAAUAUAUGAUUUUUUUUAAGUGGUACACUAAAGUUAAUCAUGUAGUCUGUUUUUAAUUUUCUUGAGAAGUUAAUUGUAUUAGACAACAAUUACUGAACUUACCAAUCGAUGAAUUAAGAAUGUUUAGUUAAGGCUACUGUCUUUAAUCAUGCUGAAUGCAAUUUUUUAUUAAUUUGCAAACUUGUAUUGAAUGACUUCAUAGUAGUUGAAUUUUUUGUACAUUUUUCCUAUAUAUUUGGAUAUAUAAUUAAAAUGAAGCAGUAGUAGGUGUAUUAGUGUGGAAUCUAGUUUAUUGUUCCUAUGGCUUUGGUAGCACCUCACAGAGCUCACAUCUUUUCAUUUUAUCCAUCUAGACACAUCUGAAAAGGUAAAAGAGAAGCUGAUACUUUCAUCUUUGAACUAUUGUUAGAUUCAUUCCAUAAUACAAUUCUACAAACGUUUUUACAGAGUUGUCACAGAUAUGGGUGGCAAAUCCUCGGGGUGACAUGCUGAGGUGAUGUGUGCGGAGCUGUGAGUGGGUGAGCUCCCAGGUUCUGGGAGGCCUCCUUGUCUGCUCCCACUUGGUCCCAAUUCUGGUUUCUUCACUGCUCUGUUGCAGGCCUUCUGUCUUCUACAAGUUCUUGGUAAUUUCCAGUCUCAAUCUCUCCUAGUUGUCAAUAUCCACUUGCUUUGUUGAUCUAACUGCUCUUCUUCUAUGUCUGUUUAACAUUCCCCUUAGCUUGCUUUCAUCCCACUUCCACCAAGCACGGAGGUAGACAAAUUCCUUGAGCAAAAGGUCAGCAGUCUUUUAACCAGUAGGAGGGUUGGUUUGUGUUUGUUUGUUUUUUCCUUCUGUAUUUGUGCACAGAAAUGACUAAUUAUUUUGACUGAAAAUUGAGGUGAAAGGCAGCAGGGUGGGAAUAGCAGUCCAAGGCAGAUGCCUACAGUAUGAUUUCAGCUCAAAAUCUAAUUUGGCCAAGAUACAAGAAACUGAAAGCGGCUUAUCUAUAAGGAGAAGAAAUCUGAUAGAGUGCUUUCUUUUCUCGAGUUCUGCUGUGUAGUUACACCUGCAUAAUUUAUACUUGCUUUUAUAUAAAUUGGCAACCUUAUCUUAGAAUUUGCCUAGGAAAGGGAUUAUGCCUUUGUCAUAUCUGUCCUCCCUAAUGCGGGUGGCAGCCUUUAGAUAAACUACUGCAGACUGGAAGAAUUACAAAGGGACAGAUGGGCAUUGCUAGUCAUUCACAUAUAACUUGCUGUUUUGACUUUUCUCUUUAUUUUGCGGUUUAAAGAAAGAAGGUUCAAUGUAAAACAGUGCAAAAAAAAAAAAAAGCUGCUUAUAUGGUAGAGGAGGUUAAGCUCUUGUUUGCUUUUGUGCAUUCUGUAAUUUAAAUACUAGGUUCUGCUUACUCUUCCUCUGUAUAGUUUGUUUUCAGAAAGAACUGUAAACAUUUUUUUUUUCAGUAAGACUCUUCCUAAUGAUUUCUUUUUUCAGUCUUGUCUAAGAAUAGGUUUGUCUGUCCUGUUGAACCCUUCUAUUCUGAGAAAGAAAAUGAGCGUAUUCAUCUAUUCACUGGUUGGUUCCCACUUUAGUGUGUUUUUGGUAAGGCCCACCCCUGCUGGUUGGAAGUGAUACAAGGUUGAUAUGUUUUUUUACACUUGUAAGUUUCUCCUUUUUCUUUAUUUUCUUUAUUUCAUCUUGCUGUCCUGUUAUGGGAUAUGAGUAAAUAGAAGUAGGCCUAUUCUGACAAAAGUUAUUUGACCAUAUAUAGUGUAAUUUUGUGUCAGGAGAUGGCUGAAAUAUGAGAAUAAUUCCAGACUGUGAGGCCUCACGACGUGCUUAUUUUUACUCUUGCUUCUUUUAGACUUACAUUAUAGCUUUAUGCAUCUUAUUGUUAUAUAUUAUCUGUGGGUGUAGAUUGUUUCUGUAGUUUGAAAAUAUUGCUUGUGUUUGAAAAUAUUGCUUGUGUUUGAAAAUAUUGCUUGUGUUUGCUGUUGUAAAUCAGAAAAAUACAGUAAGUUCUUCUGAAACUAAUUUCUUGUUAAUGUGUGGGAAGAGGAGAUGCUGGCAUACUUAGUUUUGAUAGACUGGUGAAUAUAAUUUGUUAAAUGGAAUUAGUCUCUAAUUUGAUAAUACCGCUUUGCUAGGAGGUGAAAAGCUUUAUUUUUGAAGAGAAACUGAAGUUCUGAUAAUCUGAGGUCAGUGAAGGUUCUCUUCUGUUCAGAGAUGGUUUUUGUCUUGGGCAAAUACUAGUGUAAGUGAUUAGGUUCUAUUCACGUGAAUAGCUCCUGUGGUUUUCAUUUGAUACAAUAAACUUCAUUUUAAAAAAUGUUCUAAAUAACAUGCUGCUGCUCUACAGGGAAUUUAAGAAUUGCUGCUUCAUAGCACAGAAGUGCCCCAGUUGUAUUUAUUAGCUUAGGUGAUCCUUUACUGUUCUUUACUUCUGAGAUGUGCUGUAUCUCAACUGUGCUAUGCAAGCUUAAAAUUUAUAGUCUGAUGGCUUUUUCUGUCUCUGAAUCUGUGUUUUGGAAUGUGUAGAUGAUGAGAAGACGGCAAAUGGCGUAAUCAUGGGGGACGUGUAGCCAAUGAGAGCACAAAAGCCUAUUCAGGAUGCCUUUCAUGUAAUUUUCUAUGAAAAAUGCAAAAUCAAAAGAUGUAACAGCACUCCUCCCACAAACAAAUACUAAGUCCUGCUACUAAUGGUUAAGGAUUGUGUGCAUCUGUAAUGCAUGUGUACAGCAAUUGGUAAACAAUUUCUAAUGUGCAUGUAAUUGACAUUAUUUACAGAAAAGAGAUUCAUGAUAAAUGUUAUGCUUUUUUAAACCACUUUAGUGUAGAAGACUGAGUUAUACACACUUGGUCAGAUUAAAUGUAGUUUUUGUCAGUUCUGUUUUGUAUCUUGACAGAAGACUUAGGAAUGAGACUUGCAAUAGGCCACUUCUGGUGACCAGUUUCAUAUCAUCACUGCGAUACACCAGUGGGAAGUUGUUGGUGUAUUGCUCUAUCCUAAAAUGCGAGUAGUGACCGAUGAUCCAGAGUGAUUUCUGAGAGAUUCUGAAGAGACAACAGUUACAGGUUGAGAAAUAUGGCAGACUUUUUUUUACUCUUGUGUGAAAGUCCGUUAUUUUAAUAGUUCCACACACUGUGGCAGCAAGCUAGAAAAAUACUGGGUCAGUGGAAGUAGCAUUUCAAAAUUAGAGAAGUAGAUUGGGAUGAGAUACAGAAUUAUCAAGUGGACAUUGUGUCAAAUUCGCCAAGUUAUACACGGUCUUAAACUGUGAAGUCAUAUCAUAUUGCUUUCAUCGGUGUGGAUUUUUUCAUUUUGUUUUCCUUCCCAGAAAAUGUUCUGAAUUUUGGUAUUAAAGAGAUAUGUGCCACAGGGAUGCUUCUUCAGAAGUGUUAGAAACUGGAAAAAAUAAUGUAAAAUCUGGUAGUUUUUUUUUUUUUUUUAAUAUUAAAAUACAAUGCUUUGAAAAAGAAUAUACGUUGAGGACUCCCAAGUUCUGAUGACAGAAAGAAAUGUGAUCAAAGGGUCUUAGAACUGAAAUAGAAAAUUCUGUGUUCUUCCUUUGAGGCAGAGGCAGGCAAGAUCCCACAGAUCUGGAGCAGAAGGAAACUGAAACAGGAGAGGGUGGUUAUGUAUAUGUCACAUUUGUUCUUGUAAAUGAUAACUGAACAAAUAAUGGAUUUUGUUUCUGAAGUCAUUUUGGAAUUUACUGCAGUGUGGGACAUGAGAGCCCUACUGCCUGUAGGAAUCCACAGUUGUAACAUCCAAGCACUUGGAAAAGUUUUGAACUUUAUCACCAUGCAUGUAGUAUUAUGGUUGUGCAACUGUUGCAGCUUUUUGUUUUGCUCUACCACCCAGGCAUGAGUUGUUCAGUUUUUUGCUUUUUAAGAUAUUGUAUGUAAUGUUAAUGUAUCCAAAUAUAUGAAGCACCACCACGCAGUAAUAGUAGAAGCUUAUGUUGCUUUGCUCCUUUUUGGGCCUGUGUGCUGAUGUAGCCCAUGUGUUCUCAUAUUGACAUCUUUUCAUCAAUAUUGCUUUUCUUGCUUAGGUCUGUGUUGAACAUACUUUCUCUAACUGUGUAUGUGUUUCUUACUUCUUGGGAUUCCUUUAAACUAUUGACUUCUAUUAGGAUCCCACAUUGCAAGUACUGGUGUAACCCAGUUAGGAAAUGGUUUAUUCUACAUAUACAGCAAGAAGUUUCUUCAUUCUGCUUUCCUCAGAUGUCAGUAUCCAGCGAUGUGUAAAUUUGUGUCCUCCACUGCUGGAGGUUUUCAUACACACAGCUUGCACCUUUACUAAAUAGGAUUCUGGUUAAUUUAAAUAAUAAUAAUCUAACUAGAAUGUGUAUCUGUGGAGUCCACGUAAAUUUGUGUAACACUUCAAAGGUUCUCAAAUAUUAAAACACAUAUCCUGAAAUGCCAUUCUGUGUUCUUAUCAAUUCGUUAAUUGUACAUAAAGUAUAUCAAUUUCUGUAAGCACAUUAGAGUCUCACUGUGUCCAAGUGCUGCAAUGAUGAAUGUAUGACUGUUUCUUGUGAGGUUUCAGUAGUAGCACUUGCUGUCUGACUUCUUACCUGUCCUUCCCAAUAAAAGACAAAAUCGGACUUUCUUACUUUAAAGCCUUGUCUCCAUCUUCAUGAUAUUCCGCGCUCAUCUGUGAUUUCUCACUCCUUCAUUCUAGUAGACUGCACAUACAAGACUAUGUUGUUUCUUAGCCGAUUCUCAGUCUUUAGAGUUUGAGUCUUUAUUGCGAUAUUCCCUUUGUUAAAGAUUGAUUUCUCUCUCUGAAGAAAAGCUUGAACCUAAAAUCAUAUUAAAUUUCCGUUUCCACACAUUUUUCCAAGAGCGGUGUCCAAAACAUCAGCUUAUGAUUCCAUCGAAUUGUUAGCCGUGGAAGAGAUAGCUGUUCAAGUUUUCAAAAUCUUGCUAAUGUGAUGGCGUAAACUAGUAAAAAGACAUUUGGAUAACAUCAUGGAUGGCAGCAAUGGUGUGUGAUAUUACUGAGGUGGCACAGUGAGAGUCUGCUGUGUGAAACAUCAGAAGCUUAUAUUUCUUCUAGUUUUGCAAUGGUUUCCCAAUGAGUGGAUCAUGAUGAACAUACUUUAGGGACUUGCCAUAGUAUGGCUGCUUCUCGAUCUACUCGUGUUACAAGAUCAACAGUGGGUUUAAAUGGCUUGGAUGAAAACUUUUGUGGUCGAACAUUAAGAAAUCGUAGUAUUGCUCAUCCAGAGGAGGUUUCACCCCAUCCUCAAGUACGGUCAAGGUCACCAAAGAAGAGGCCAGAUUCAGUGCAAACUCAGAAGGGAAGUAAUGGUGGAAGAACUACUGAUUUGAAACAACAGAGCACUCGGGAAUCGUGGGUGAGCCCUAGAAAGAGAGGACUCUCUACUUCAGAAAAAGACAAUGUUGAUAAACAAACUGUGGAAAAUUGUGAGAAAAGACAAGGAGAACCUGUAUCACCAGUUUUGAAAAGAAUUAAACGCUGUCUACGUUCAGAGGCACCCAACAGUUCAGAAGAAGACUUGUCUACUAAAACAGAGAAGGAAUCUUUGGAGCGUAAAAGCUUAGUGUCGGACAAUGAUGCAGUCUCUCCUGGGACUAAGAGAGCUUGUCGAUGUCUUAUAUUGGAUGAUUGUGACAAAAGGGAAGUUAAAAAGGUGAAUAUCUGUGCAGAGGGAUUUAAUAAUUCUGCAAUAGUUGAAGAAAUCACAGGCUAUCAGACUGUCAAUGGAGUUGGUGAGAGAGACUCAAAUUCUCUAAACUGUGAUGACUGUCAGUUUGAUGGGAACUCUAAGCAAAACAGUGCUGGCUCCUAUAUACCCAAGGACAAAACAGUAGCAGAAAAUGGAAACUCAUUUGCCCAUUCUUCAUUGUUGCUUAAUAGCAGCAAGGAGGACAGUGUUGUAGACCAUUAUGUGCCUUGCACAAACUCUCAAGAACAGGUAAAGUUAGAGGACCACAAAAUAAUAAGUGACUGUUUGCCUGAGGAGCAUGCUAAUCAGGCAGAUGAGCCAGCUACUGGGUCCUUUUCUGAAAUCCAGUCAUCUUUGUUGAGGGAUUCUGAGGAGGAAGUAGAUGUAGUAGGAGAUAGCAGUGCCUCUAAGGAACAGUGUGCUGAAAACACCAAUAACAACCCGAAUACUCAUCGUGACAGUACAUCAAUCUCAGGUGAACCUGAACCACAUUCUUCAGUGCUGGACUGUGUUUCAGCUCAAAUGACAUCUAUUUCAGAACUUCAAGAACACAGAUACACAUUGAGAACUUCACCACGAAGGGCUGCUCCUGCCAGAAGUAGCCCUACUAAAAAUAACUCUCCAUGUAGAGAAAAUGGACAGGUUGAGGAAAAUAAUCUUAGUCCCACUGAAAAGAAUGUACCUGUAGGUAUUAAUAAUAUCAAUGGAUCUCCCAAAAAUUCUGAAGAAAUUAAACAGAAUGAAAAAGAGAGAAAUUGUAAUACAGAUAAUGGGAGUGACGGACUAAGAAAGCCGCUUUCGGAGGCUAGGCUUGUUGCUGGAUAUGUACCAUCUGCCAAAGAGAGUGCCAACAACCACACUGCAGAGGAUGAGGAGGAAGAGCCUGAUGUGUAUUACUUUGAGUCAGAUCAUGUGGCAUUGAAACACAACAAAGAUUAUCAGAGACUGUUACAGACGAUUGCUGUACUCGAGGCUCAACGUACUCAAGCAGUUCAAGACCUUGAAAGUUUAGGCAGACACCAGAGAGAAGCACUGAAAGAUCCUAUUGGAUUUGUGGAAAGACUCCAGAAGAAGGUUGAUAUGGGUCUUCCAUAUCCUCAGAGAGUUGUUCAACUCCCUGAGAUUGCCUGGGACCAAUACACCAGUAGCCUUGGAAACUUUGAGAGAGAAUUCAAAAACCGAAAACGUAACAGUAGAAGAGCAAAGCUGAUUUUUGACAAAGUAGGUAUACCCGCAAGACCAAAAAGUCCUUUGGAUCCCAAGAAGGAUGGAGAGUCAAUUUCAUACUCUGUCUUGCCUUUAAGUGAUGGUCCAGAAGGUUCUACAAGCAGUCGUCCACAGAUGAUAAGAGGGCGACUCUGCGAUGAGACCAAACCUGAAACUUUUAACCAACUGUGGACUGUAGAGGAACAGAAAAAACUCGAGCAGUUGCUUCUGAAGUAUCCACCAGAGGAAGUAGAGUCCCGAAGGUGGCAGAAGAUAGCUGAUGAACUAGGAAAUAGAACAGCUAAGCAGGUCGCCAGUAGAGUGCAAAAAUAUUUUAUUAAACUGACUAAAGCUGGUAUUCCAGUUCCAGGAAGAACUCCAAAUUUAUAUUUAUACUCAAAAAAGUCAUCAAGUAGACGGCAGCACCCUUUAAAUAAACAUCUUUUCAAGCCUUCAACUUUUAUGACAUCGCAUGAACCUCCAGUUUAUAUGGAUGAAGAUGAUGACAGAUCCAGUUUUCACAGCCAUAUGGAUAUUGCAGCAGAAGAGGAAGUAUCGGAUGAAGAGAGUAUUCCAAUAACAUAUCGUGAGUUACCCGAAUACAAAGAACUGUUAGAGUUUAAAAAAUUGAAGAGACAGAAACUACAGCAGAUGCAUGCAGAGAGUGGAUUUGUGCAACAUGUGGGAUUCAAGUGUGAUAACUGCGGAAUUGAACCUAUUCAGGGUGUUCGGUGGCACUGCCAAGACUGUCCUCAAGAAAUGUCCUUGGAUUUCUGUGAUUCUUGUUCUGACUGUCUGCAUGAAACAGAGAUUCAUAAGGAGGAUCAUCAGUUAGAACCUAUUUACAGAGCAGAGACGUUUUUAGACAGAGACUACUGCAUGUCCCAGGGCACCAGUUACAAUUAUCUUGACCCAAACUACUUUCCAGCAAAUAGAUGACAUGGGAAGCAGAUCUACAAUCUUGGGCUUACUAUACUAUUUGAAAAAUAACAAUGGCACCAUUGUUAAUACUGUGCACAUUUUGGAAAGACUGUCUGCUUUCCCUGAAAUGUCGCUCACAGCAUGACAGCUUCCUGGGUGUACUUGUCAAACUACAGCUUUGAGCUGUCAUGGUCCUAGAUCACUGAACAGCAGCUGAACAUUCCUAGUGUGCAGAAGGUUUCACUGGGAGACUUUUCUUUCACCACAUUAGUCAUUUUUAGGUGGUGAAUCUAAACACAAAAGAAAAACAUACAAAAGGGUGAGCCAGAAAUGAGAGCACACAUUGAAGAUAGAGUAAAUUCCAAAGGCAUUGAAGAACUCGGUUAUAAUGAGAUCCAGAGGAGAUGAAGUAUUUAUAUAAAAACAGUUUAGUAGCUUGCAGUUUUGUUGUGAAAUAGUUUUCAGCACAGUAACUGACUUCUUUAGGCAAGGUUUUAACCAAUGACAGUGUUUGCUUCUAGGAUGUACUCUAAAAAAUGCUCACUGUCUCAGCGAUGGUUGGUUACAGGCCUUUAUUGAAUCGGAGCUGCUUAAUCACAUUGACUUUCAAUUUUUUUUUUUAUUUUUUAUUUUUAAACCACGAUGAACUCUAUUUACCAACAGUGAAGCACUAUAGGAGGCAACCGUGGCAUUGCUUCCUUAACCAGCUCAUGGUGUGUGAAUGUUAUAAAAUUAUCACUCAGAUAUAUUUUUUAAAUGUAAUGUUAUAUAAGAUGAUCAUGUGAUGUGUACAAAAUAUGGUGAAAAGUGCCAGUGGUAGUAACUGUGUAAAGUCUCUAAUACUCAACAUUAACUCCUUUAAAAUAAAAUACACAGCCUUCUGCCUCUGUAUUUGGAGUUGUUAGUGCAACUCAUCAAAGAAAACUGCCUAAUAUAAAUCAUAUAUAUGGUAAUAAUUUUUCCUCUUUUGUAGUCUGCACAAGAUCCAUGAAAGAUUGUAUUUUUAUUACUAUUUAAACAGUGAUUAAAUUUAGCCUGAGCAGUGAGCAAGGGUUCACAUGCAUUCUUUUAUACUGCUGGAUUUUGUUGUGCAUCAUUUAAAACAUUUUGUAUGUUUCUUCUUAUCUGUGUAUACAGUAUGUUCUUAAAUAAUGUUCAAUUGUCAGGAGAACUGUGAGAAAUAAACUAUGUGGAUACAGUCUGUUUAUAUAUAGAA